AUGUCCCACUGGACUAUACAGAUCAAACCUCCAACUCUCCAGCUCGCCAAGAUACCCGCCUUCAAGCAGUCAUGCGGGAAUUCAGGUCUGCUCAACUCCAGUGCGGCGGGAGAAGACUCUAUGGUCUACAUGGCUGCUUUGGAGCCGAGAUUUAAGCCGGACUGGCCAGACUUGUCGGACUUGCUCUAUACAGUGAUGACCCGAAACGUCUCCGCCAGGGCUGCGUUGUCCAAAGCCGAGCCACAGAGCAGCGUGCCACCCGGCCAGAGCUCGAUCCAGGGCAACAAGUGUAGCGACAAGACGGACAACCCGGUGACCCCUUGA